AUGCAUUGGAAAGGCCUGCGACUCGUGGCGGACGGAAGUGCAAAGCGUCAGAGUACCAUCGAAGCACAGCCUCCGAUCCGUCGUAGCGAACACCUCCCCCGUCCGCACGCCCCCGUCGACAACCCCCGAUACUCCGAGUCAGCCCCUCGGUCCGCCGCCAACCUCCCGGUAGGCUUCGUCGAUGCCACCACGGAGAACGGCGCCGCCCAGCGACUGCAGGUGCCAACAGAAGGGAGCUCGGGUCCCGAUGACGCAGCUGCGCCGCACGCCGUCAUGGGAAGUCCCCCCAAUGAUGAGACCCCAAGCUUGCGGCGGAAUCGGUUCAGUUUCAUGAGACUGCGUCACGCCUCCGAUCCACAGCUGUCCAAGUCGUAUGCAAAGGCCGAAGGAACCCCUCCGAUGCCAUCGCUUCCGCGUAAGUACAGUGACCCGUUCCCCGAUCAGGAGGAUGGCACGACCCACUGUGUGUGGAAUGGCGGAGAGGGUGCCCCUAAGAUCAUCACCACGGCUCCCACGAGUCACGAGCUGGACCAACCCACAAAACCACGACACAAGCUUCGCUUGCUUCCCUCAUCUCGGAAGCACUCGAUGGAGGAAUUUCCACGCACCUCAAGAGACAGCCUCCAGAAAACGGACCGGAGACAUCAGGAAUCCCUCGAUUCGCAGGUUGUCGAAUCCAGUCUCUUCACCGUCCCGGCGGCUGGCGCAGAAGAGCCGGGCAGACUGUCAACGACCUCCAUACGAAGCGGGGGCCGUGACCCCCCCGUGAAUGGCUCUCAGCGAUCUUCGGUCUCGGUGCCCGAUCCCCGUUUCUCAGAGUCCUCCCGCUCCGAUCAAAGUUAUGGAGACCAGACCUUCCGCACCAACACGCCGCGAGAUACGCAGCUCCCAACCACUGCCACGACGACGACGACGACCGGGACCACGACCACAACCACGGGGAAGAGGUUUCGCAUGCCCCGACUGAAGCGACAUCGAAGUCCCCUCUUCCCAUUACCCCCCAAGGUCACCUCCCCGCCCACAGAUCGAACAAUGCCCCUCGAGAACCCCAUCUCCAAUGGCUCGGAACAAGACCAAAUUUCCCCGCUGCCGUCCCCUUCACGGUCGUCUGUCGGCCUAGCGGCCGCGGGGGCACCCCCGCUGCUGCGCAACAACUCCACCAACUCGGCCCGCUCGAUUCGGUCCAACCCAUCUCUGACGGGCGAGGGCGGUCCUCCACCAUGGGUUCCCUGGCGGAGCAUACGGUGGACGAUCUGUCUCCGGUCCCGUACCUCGCCUCGUCCAGCCGCACGUCGACGUCGACGAGUGGUCGCAAGAGCUUUGGUGAUAUCUUCAACAUUUCUCAGCGCCUACGGCAGAAUUCGGAGCCUCCCAUCCCCCGCCAUGGGUCUCCGGGGAUCGGGGGCAUGGCACGCCGCCGCCGCGUAUCUGACCAAACUUGAGGAAACUCUACCCCGAGGCAUGAUUGGAGGUGUUCUGGCCCAGUCGGAUGACGAGUUCUACAAAGUGUCCCUCCGCAAAUACAUGCGAUCCUUUUCAUUUUUUGGUGAUCCCAUCGACAUGGCCAUCCGCAAGCUGCUGAUGGAAGUGGAGCUCCCCAAGGAAACCCAGCAGAUCGACCGAUUUCUACAAGCCUUCGCGGACCGAUACCACGAGUGCAACCCGGGAAUUUUUGCUUCCACAGAUCAAGCUUAUUUCAUCGCCUUCUCGAUCCUCAUUCUGCACACCGAUGUCUUCAACAAAAACAACAAGCGGAAGAUGCAAAAGCUCGAUUAUGUGAAGAACUGCCGCGGCGAGGGCAUCUCGGAGGACAUCUUGGAAUGCUUUUACGAGAAUAUCUCCUACACCCCCUUCAUUCACGUCGAGGAUGCCAACCUCCGCGAUCGCCAUCUCGCCAAACCUCGGCGCGUCCUGUUUCGCAGCACGAGCUCGGAACACCUGCCACUGGUGACCCGGGAACCGGUGGAUCCCUACACGCUCAUCAUGGACAACAAGCUCUCCACCCUCCGACCGAGCUUGAAGGAGGUCAUGGAUCUUGAGGACACCUACAGCCACGUGGGGACCGUGGGUCCGCCUGACAUGGAUGAUCUGCACCAGGCCUUCGCCAAGUCGGGCAUUCUUCAGAUCAUCUCCCAGCGCUCUCGACCAGAUGCGUUCAUGCAGGCCAGUCUCGACAAUCCUGCCGUCUCCCAUCCGGGCUUGGUGGACAUCAAGGUGGCCAAAGUCGGCUUACUUUGGCGCAAGGAUCCCAAAAAGAAGCGCGCCCGAUCCCCGUGGGCGGAAUGGGGCGCGGUCCUUACGUUCUCCCAACUAUACUUCUUCCGCAAUGUGACCUGGGUGCGAAGCCUGAUGGCGCAGCACGAGGCCUAUGAGAAACAUGGCCGUCGGGGAACGCUGAUCUUCCGACCCCCGCUGGCUGAAUUCAAACCCGAUGGCAUCAUGUCGACCAAUGAUGCGGUGGCUCUACUGGACAGCAGCUACAGGAAACACAAGAACGCCUUUUCAUUCGUACGGCAUAACUCCAUUGAAGAAGUCUUUUUGGCCGACUCCGAGACCGAGAUGAACGACUGGAUCCACAAGCUCAAUUACGCGGCAGCCUUCCGAACCACCGGCGUGCGGACAAAGGGGAUGAUUGCGACCAAUUACGAGGGCCAACGGUACCGCCGCAGCCAGCGCCUCGGGUCGAUUUCGUCGUUGACCUCUCACCAGUCCAGGGACAAAGAACCGGUUUCCCCCAGUAUUGACAGCGACGUGGUCGCCGAGUUUGUGGCUGCGCGGAGGCAACUCAUGAGCCAGAAGAUCCGCGAUGCCAACGAGAAGCUGUUUGCCACGCAACGGCAACUGGAUGAUCUUUUGCGAAAUGCGCGUCACCUGCAAGUCCUGACCCCGGUGACUCCCCGCGCCCGGGAGAACGUGAUCCUGGCCGCAGCGCGCAUGUCGGCCAAGCUUCGAUGGGUCCGACAAGACCUCUCGCGCACCAAGUGUUACCGGGAAGUCCUUCUUCGCGAUCUUGGGCAAGAAGAGACCGUGCCUGCAGACCGGACGGGAUCGGUGGCUGGUCAAACCGUGUCCACGCAUACCAGCCCUCAUCGCAUGCCCUCUGUAUCUGGUCCCUCUAUUCGGUCUGAGCCCAGUCUCCAUGCAGCGCCCAGCAUCGUCCAGAGCGAGUCUACCCAUGACAUCCCCCCGGAAUCUACGGCGGCUGCCACUGUCGACCGGCCAAGUAUCGAUACGGGCUUCUUGAGUGAACGCCCUGCCGAGGAGUUGCGUCGACCUAGUAUCCCGACCUCGGUCACUUCAUCCGACCUCGGUCGGGUCGGGCGGCCUCUGUCGAUCGCUCUUGCUUCCGACAGCCGGUCUGAGAGCGCCCCUCGUCUUGAGCGUGAGAUCUCCACGUUGAGUCGGGGCAGCAAAUUUGAUGCCGCCAGUCUAGGAUCCCGUGCAUCCAAGAUCACAUCCCCGGUCAGUUUUGAAGACGGCGAAGAGCGCUUGCUCCGAGAAACCGGCCUGCUGGACCUUGGUAACUCGCCUCCAGCGCGAAAGACGUCGGGUGCUGUGCCGGAAGUGGAGAGUGAAGGCCAGCCUGAUGAGUCGUCCGAAGUCUCGCAGAACGAUCAUCGGCCUAGUCGGGUGCGCCGGAGCCUCCAUCGCACCCUACGUGAAUCUCACAGUGUUCAUCGCCACCAUUCGCGCCACAAGAAGAAUCGCGACUCGGUGUCGACCAUCGGUGGUCCCGAAGAGGACGGUGGAGAAAGUAACGUCCUUGCACGCAAGACACCCAAUUUCACCGUUCACGGCAAAAAGGCCUCGAUUGUCACCUUUGGCUCCGAGUGGCAGAACAUGUCGCCCGAGGAGCGUCUCAAACUUCGGAAGCCGACCCCUCAUGAAGAGCAACGUGGGUCCGACCUUGUCCCGUUUGACAGCGGCGACGCCAUCAUCCCCGAGAGCGUUGCGGCGGAUCGCCGUCCAUCUGUCAUGAGUACCAGCACAAUGACUGGCUUGAGCGUGCGCAGUGACGAUGAUACCAUUGACCAAUUCAAAGAUGCUCAAGAAGUAUUACCGACCAGCUCGCUGAAGCGAUCCCACUCGCAACCCACUGCCCAAGAGCUGGAGACGGUCACUGGCCCCGAUCUAGUUGGGAUGGAGGCCGAGCACAAGGGUGUGGUUGGCCCUUCCGGCCCCGGCCCCGGCCCGGGCCUUUUCGUCUACGGCGGUGCCCUUACUGCGUCUGGGGAGAUAACGUCUCCUUCGUCGACUUCUCUCGGGGAGCGGAUGGUUGAGACCCCAUCUUCGGAGAAUCUCCGUCAGCAAGAAGUGGGUGCCUGA